UUUGGUAGGACAAUGGUUUAAACCACGUAAAUCCUCGUUUUAUAUUAAGACCGUUUAUGUUUUCAAAGAAACAAUUCUAAUAUUCGUUUGUUUCUCUUGUUUCGAUGAGGAUUAAUAGUUUGUGUGAUAUAUAAUUUAUGAUAAUGAUAUGUAAUACUGUAUUUAAAAUUACGUAAGUACAGAUAUGAACGUGUCGUUAAGAUAACAUAUUAGGUGGUGGACCUACUUCAGUUUAUUUAUAGGUGUUUAUUUAAUAACUCGUGGUAAGCAAGCAGUCCUAUCGAAAUUGAUUAAUAAUAAUAUUUUAAUAAUUCAAUAAUUGUGUUCGAUUUACAAAAAAAUAUAAAAUCUCUUAAAAUAACAUUUAUUUUUCUAAAACUAACAUAUCUAACACAGAGGAACAAGAGCAGUAAAAGGAACCUCUAACCACAUUUUCCUAAAUGUUACUCAAAUUUUGUAACGGUGAUUUUUAUAUUUUUUUUAUAAUAUUCUGAUUGUUAACACUUAUCAAUUUAUUCGCUGUUAUUAACACAUAUUUGUAUUAUAUUAUUAAAUAGGUCAGUUUUAUCGACACUUAGUAAAGACGUUUAUCUACUUCAAGACAAUCACGGUAGGUUUAAAUUCUUUAAACGACGGUUUAUCAAUUUCUAGAUUAUACUAAAGUUGUUUUGUUCGAUUUCUAUAUUCGCUCACGUAUACUGGCCUUUAAAGAUUCUAUUUUCAAAUUGCAUUCAGUGUGAUACGCAUCGCAUGCGCAUCGGCUGUAUACCGGACGCUGCAUUCGCCACGCGUUAUUAAAUAUAAAAAAAAAAGUUUCCCGCUCAAACACGGAAAAUGGCCGAGGAAGAAUUGCCGCCAACAAUGUCUGUCGGUGGGGUGAUAAAGGAAAAAAUAGUGGAGUCAAUAAAAAACAUGGAUGUAUUGACUGUAUUGCAAAAGAUGGUAGCCACGACACCUGAAGAUGAGGAGUCGGAGGAAAUCAGAGAGAAGUUGAAGGGUGUUUUAGAUAAAUACAAUCAAAUGAGUGAGGAGGACCAGCAGACGUUUAUGAAACAAAUAAAAGAAGGUUUAGCGACGAAAUUGUCUAUGAAACUGGACGAUCCGAAUGUUUUGAAUACGGACGCGUUGGAGGUUGCUAUCAAGGAGGCAGUAGUGAAUCAGCUGAUAAUCGUUGGUGUGAUCGUAUUCAUUUUUAUUGCGCUUUUAGUAUUCUUCGGCUACAAACUCUAUAAAUCGAUAAAAGAGAAAGAGAAGAAGCGAGAAGAGAAAAAGAAAGCGAAACAGAUGAAAAAGAAGAAAUGACGCGUCUUUGUCUAUGGCCACGCACUCAACCACGGAUAAUUGACGGCAACCAACGGCUUAGAUUACGGUUAAAACUAGAGAAAUGUGCAUAUUUUUAUCGGUUUCAUAUAAAUGAAACGUCCAACCUGUAGGAUUGAGUUCAGUUUUAAAUAACACAAGGUUGCACACCAAAGUUUCAAGUCAAUAUCAUUUAUUUACAUAAAGAGUAAUUUAACUCUUUUUUUCAAUCGACUUUCAUGGCUUAGAAAAGCAGCUAAAUAGUUUACCUUAAGUACAAUCAACAAAACUGUCUUUCUCCAUUAUAUAUUAAAUAGGUAUUCGUGACUAACGAUCAAAGAUUGUUAAAUAUUGAGUGUACAUAGAAAAAACAGCAAAAUCUCAAGGUUCAUUAAAGCGGUCACUGAAUGUCAAAUGUAAUAAGCCGCAUGUACUUUCUUAACAUUUCAAUGAAGACCUCCGUAGCCUUUCAGAGAUCCCAGGAACCUGAUUAUCUAAUUUUAAAAUUUAUCGCAAUUCGUUCGACAUUUGAAAGGUAUUCACGAACUUUACGCUACGACUGUUUGACAUGUGAUGUUGAAUGUUAAACGAAAGGGUUCAAUGCUAACAACAAUCUUUCGAAGGGUUUAACUAAGUUUUUUUUUAUGUUUCUUGGUCAUUCAAAUUCGUUUCAAAGGCGAGUUAAAUGUUGUGAUAUCUUCGUUGUUUAUUUAGUUUGGAAUCAUAGCAAUGAGGGUUCUCAUCUUGACCUAUUUAUAUAUAUAUCAUAGACAAAUCAGACUAUAGAAAGGCAGGUGGCUUGUAAUCUUGUGUUCGUUAAUACAUAGUAUAAAACAAAAUCUUUUAAACUACACAACAAAUUUUUAUCAACAUACAUAGUGAUUUAAGAUGAAGGACAACACAGGACCACACGGAUGAAGCCACUGGCGGAAAGCUAGUUAAUAUAAUGUAAUCUCUCCUAUAGACUAUAAUUUCGUCGUACAAAGAAAGAAAUGUGCUCGUGUAAAUAUACUUUUUGAAUUCUUACAAAACUUGAAUAGUUAAGUACUGUAAACUUUCAAUGGCACUAAAAGCGAACUUAUUACUUAGAACUUAACAAAAAAAUAUAAUUUCUUUUUAUCAAUUCGUAUAUUUUUUUUAAUGCACUAAUAAGCGUAUGUCAAAAUACAGGGAUGUUUUAAAUAUACCUAUGUGUUUUUUAAGUUUGUGUCGUUUCUCAUAAUAAACGUCAAUAGACAAUUGGCAUUCCAAAGUUUUAAAUCAAUUUUAAAAUGUUGAAUUGAGUGAUUGAUUGACAAAAAAGAAAAUGCAAUAUGUAAUGAUUCAAAUAUGUUUUUAUUUUUAAGUAUUAUUGUUAGAAUUUUUUUAUUUCAAUUGUUUAUUAAAACGUAAUAUAGCGUUAUACCCAUCAUUGCCCGAAGUAGGAUCCCGAACAGCAUAUAUUUAACGUACAUUGACGCGUUAUAAAUCUUGAAAAUUUGACAGUUAUUUAUAAAUUUUUACUAUUACUUUAAUGUUUCUAACAGCUCUAGAACUUAAGUAGAAGACGUUUUUCUUCUGCUUCUAGACCAGCUAAUGCUAUCAGUGUAUAUUUUAUUAUGUUUUACGUAAAUAGUUUGUAAAAGGUCAUCGCAUAAUACACCAAUUCCAAGUGGCUAGAUCUUAUCAUAGAUGGUCUAUAAUGUUGUAUUAAUAAAAAAUUGCUGCUAUUUUCAUGGGGCACUCCGAACGAGACGUUUAUUCCGGAAAUUAUUCCGUCAGACCACUCCCAGUUUUUGAAUUGACGGUACUAUCAAUCCAAUAUCGUUCCAAGACCGAAAUCUCUCAGCGUCAACGAUUCAGUGGACUACCUAAGCGCAGGCGCCCGAUAUGGCCCUUCAACCAAAUCUCGCGCUAAAAUCGGCCUUACUCUGUAAGGAAUAUAAAAUAAUCGGAAAGAUAAUAUAAUCACAAUAAUUAAAUGUAUGUACGUAAAACAUUGCAAGAAAUAUCUAUUGCGUAGAUUUUAAAAGCAGAUGAUGAAAAAUACGUUCUUCCCACGUUUUGAUUAGUCCACACUACGCUACUGAACGAGGCGACGCGUCAUGAAUUUAUAUGUAAAGCGAUUUGUGCCAAAGGGUUUAGCCGGAUACGUAUGACGAGUCGGCCCCCAAAUGGGAAUCGAUAUUGAAACUUAUGUUUUAAUAUAGACUUGAUGUUCAAACACGAUUUAUGUACUUUUCGCGAUCGACUUCCGCUUUGACCUUGAGAUAGAGAGCAAAAUAUCCGUAUGCUUGACUAUUACUGAAUGUGAUAUAUCUCUGAAGCUAAUUAAGAUAAAGAAGUGAAACUAACGCGAGGUAUUAGGUUACAUUACAGAGUAUAUCACAUAUAUUUUUUUAUAAUUUUUAGAAUAAAAAAUUACAUU